AUGGGAGGAACUGAUCGUAACGAAGUGCUUGCGCCAACAUACGCGGACUAUGAAAGAGAGAGGCUAGAACGUAUAGAACAAAACAAGGCUUUACUGGCAAAACUCGGCCUUGUUAAUUUUAGCCUUAAACCCCCUAAACCUAAAAGGCCACCUAGACGUCAAGCUGACUCAGAAGAAUCACAACAGGACCGAACACCUUCGCGUAAGAGUCCGAGAAUAGAGCAAAUGAAACCUAGGUAUAAUCUACGCGUUAAAAGUUAUCGACCCAUUUAUGCCCCUCUGCGACGUGUCAUUCCUAAGGUCACAAAGACCAAGUAUAAGACCAAGUAUAAGACCGAAUUUAAGGCCAAAUAUAAAAUUUUAGGAAGAAAUAAUCAAGGGCGUAGAUUUUAUGGUGGUAGAAUUUAUGAUUCAGAAAUAGGAACAACUUGUCAUCAAUGUAGACAAAAAACUAUUGAGGAUAAAGUACAAUGCACGAAUGUAUUAGAAAAUGGAACUCUCUGUAAAGUGAUGAUGGACGAACGAUGUUUAAUUGGAAGAUAUGGUGAAACACUCGAAGAAGCGCGAAGUUCUGGUGAGUGGAAUUGUCCGAAAUGUCGAGGCGUAUGUAAUUGUUCAUUUUGUCGAAGAAAAAAAGGGCUCCCUGCAACAGGAAUUUUGAAACAUCUCGCUUUAGCAAAAGGUUACAAUUCAGUUAUGGAGUAUUUAGAUUGGUUGAUUGCUGAUCUGCCUGACGAUUCUGAAGACUCAGACAAAGAGUUUGUUCUCGACGAUAAGGACUUUGUCGAGGAUAAUAGUGAUACUUCCGAAGAACUUGCUUCCGAGAACAGUGAUGCGCCUGUUGAUCUAAAUGGUCAAGAUUCAGAAAAUGAACAGUUUACCAACGGCAUAGAUCACAGGUCUACUCGAGUUAAUGGUUUGAAUAAUGUACAUAGUUCGACUUCGAACGGUAGAAGGUCACAAAAUAAUGGGCGAUACAACAGUCAAAUUGGGCAGCAGUCUUCAAAUUCUCACACGCUAAAUGACAUACUUCAGUCGUCAACUAACUUCAAUUCUUGUCCGCCUCCUAUACCGAAUUCCCAAUCUCAAGUUUUUGCGAUUGAUAAUGAGUUGCAAAAAUUAGAUGUGCCAUUUCCAAUUUUCUCGGAACAAUUUACACAAUUCCAUGAAGAACAAGAAAUGGAAUUGAAAUCUCUUGCCAUCACUGAUCGUCAACUCACAGAAAAACAAGCGGUGGCAGGAUCACAAGUUCAAAGUUCCAAAGUUUUAUCAGAAGCUAAGAAGAUGGAACAUAAAGAUAUUACAGAUAAUAAUAGAGAUCUAAGAGAUCAAGCUGAGUCAAUUCAUAAAAUACUUUUACCAAUUUUCAAUAGUUUAUUAAACAAGGAUGAAGAUCAACUGGAUGCGGUCAACAUAGGCCCUUUUUUACUAGAAUUUGCACGAAAACUUAAGAGAUGA